AUGGCAAAACACACUUGUGCUCAUGAACAUCUAGGAGAGGAAGAGUACAUAGACAUGGAUGUAAACUCUGCCACCUUCUUUUACUACAACAAAUCAUCUUCACCUCCACACACAAGAGAGUUUGAGUUCCAAAUGUCAGCUCCUGUAGAGAGGGAAGUGAUUCCCUCCCCUGCUGAUGAGCUCUUCUACAAAGGGAAGCUCCUCCCCCUCCAAUUCUCGCCGCGCUUGAAGAUGGUCGAAAAGCUCCUCGAGAGUGGCUCCAAAAGCGCUUUCCUCGCGGACAGCGGCUCCAAAAGCGCUUCUGCCACAGCCACUCCAUUCCUGUCAUGUAAUGUCUCACCUGCAACUUCAUGCUAUGCGAGUGGAGAGCUCAACGCGGAGGACUACUUCCACGAAUGCUACGGCGAUCAGCUCAUCGAGAACAGCGGCUCGAAGAAGCCCUGGUCCAAGAAGCUCAAGUUCAUUAAGAAGUCCAGCUUCUGCAACAAGCUGAAGGCCUCAACAGCUUAUAUAAAAGCAGUUUUCACCAAGUCAAGGGAUUCAGAUGAGAAAUAUGCUGUGUCUAAAGCCAAGGAGUGCUUAAAUGGCGACAUGAAACCUUCGAAGAAGAACCCAUUUGGCCAAAUACGAAGAGAAAGGUGCACAACAACACAUGCCAAAAAUGAUCCUACAAUUGUCCUGAGCACCAAUGAAGGUAAGAUUAAAGAAGAGGAUUUUGGUGGCCAUCGAAGGUCCUUCUCGAGCUUUGUCACUGUGAAUUCGUCUAACAAAUCUUCUUCUGCUUCAACCUCUUCCUCUUCGUCGCGUUCUUCUUCAAAUUCCUCCUCCUUCUCGAGCUCAAGUUCGAAUGGGCCCAGCGAAGCACCCAUACUAAAAAGAUGUAGCAGUGCCAAUUCGGACCUGGAGAGUUCGAUCCAAGGCGCGAUUGCUUACUGUAAGAAAUCUCAGCAAAUGUCCUUUGAGAGAAAGAGUUUGAGUGAUAUCGGGGUCUGUUUUGUGUCAGAUUCGAAUAUAAUUGCAAAUCUUGAGAAUCAAAAGGAGCCAGGAAUUCGGAGAGGUUGACAAAGAUGAAGUUUUUUUUGUCUUGUAAUAGAUCAUAAUAUGGUGAUUAAUUUCUGGGUUUUUUCUGGUUACUGUGAACUUGAGUUUGUACUGAUUUGGAUGAUAUGCAGUUAUAUUUUUAAGCACUUUGAUGUAUGCUUAUUGCAAGCUCAGAUAAAUGGAGAAACCCUCUUGUUAUUACCUCUUGUUAUUACUUUAAUUAUUAAAGCUCUCUUAACAUGCAUUUGAUUUGAUUGAAAUCUACAAUACCAUAAUAUUAAAAAAAAGAAGAAGAAAGACUUGCUUUGAAAUUGCAUGUAGACAAAUUAUUUUCUAGGUCUAGGUACAAUAUUUGCAAUUUUUCUCUAUGAAGGGUUCAAUUUUCCCUCUCUUGGUCCUCUAUUUGAAUGGCUACAUUUUCUUUUUUUGGGAUGAGACAUUUGAAAGAUUAUCUUAAGUACAUGAUUAGGGGGGAAAAAAAAAGACACUACUACUGUGUUGAAGGAAACAUUACAAUGGCUACAUUCUUUUUACAAGUCUUGAUGACCUUAGCAACUUGGAUACAUUACCAAUAACAUUACCUCUUGUAUUGACAUCAGAGUAUCAGCUAACCUCGAAAAAAUUAUGCAGCGUUAAGUGCAGUCAUCUAUUGAUAUAGCCUAAUUACUCAAUUUACAUUACGAUAAUACCUGAUAGGCAUCUGACAAAUAAAGUAGAACUUUUUCCGAUUGAUGUAGGAAGCUGAUGUAUGGCUUCUUGAUUCCAUAUUCAGAAAGUCUCUAAUUCUGUUUCUGCAGCAGCAAAAGUUGUCACUCGGGAUUUUGAUAAACAAAGUUAUAAUAUAAAUUUUGGGCACAACUACAUUAAAUUCAUUUCUAUGGAAGCACUAGCUGCGCCAAACAACCUCUUAAUCUUGUAUGGACAUAGCUUGGCUAAAAUCCAGAUAUAAACUCCCAAAUUGACCUCCUUGGCUUGUUGACGGAAGAGUUCUACUCUGAUGAACGAUAUGGGAAGCAUAAAUA